GACUAGGAUGGGGGAUGGGCCUGUGACGGGAGGUGCCCUGGGUGUCCUCUUUCGGCCCCAUGGAGUCCUCUCCCAUCCCCCAGUCAUCAGGGAACUCUUCCACUGUGGGGAAGGCUCCUCAAACCCCAGGUCCCUCUACUGCCAGUGGGGUCCCAGAGGUGGGGCUGCGGGAUGUAGCUUCGGAAUCUGUGGCCCUCUUCUUUAUGCUUCUGUUGGACUUGACUGCUGUGGCUGGCAAUGCUGCUGUGAUGGCCGUUAUCGCCAAGACACCCGCCCUCCGAAAAUUUGUCUUCGUCUUCCACCUCUGCCUGGUGGACCUGCUGGCUGCCCUGACCCUCAUGCCCCUGGCCAUGCUCUCCAGCUCUGCCCUCUUUGACCAUGCCCUCUUUGGGGAGGUGGCCUGCCGCCUCUACUUGUUCCUGAGCGUAUGCUUUGUCAGCCUGGCCAUCCUCUCAGUGUCGGCCAUCAAUGUGGAGCGCUACUAUUACGUGGUCCACCCCAUGCGCUAUGAGGUGCGCAUGACGCUGGGGCUGGUGGCCUCUGUGCUGGUGGGUGUGUGGGUGAAGGCCUUGGCCAUGGCUUCCGUGCCAGUGUUGGGAAGGGUCUCCUGGGAGGAGGGAGCUCCCAGCGUCCCGCCAGGCUGUUCACUCCAAUGGAGCCACAGUGCCUACUGCCAGCUUUUUGUGGUGGUCUUCGCUGUCCUUUACUUCUUGUUGCCCCUGCUCCUCAUCCUUGUGGUCUACUGCAGCAUGUUCCGAGUGGCUCGUGUGGCUGCCAUGCAGCAUGGGCCGUUACCCACGUGGAUGGAGACACCCCGGCAACGCUCCGAGUCUCUCAGCAGCCGCUCCACUAUGGUCACCAGCUCGGGGGCUCCCCAGACCACCCCACACCGGACGUUCGGGGGAGGGAAGGCAGCAGUGGUUCUCCUGGCUGUGGGGGGACAGUUCCUGCUCUGUUGGUUACCCUACUUCUCUUUCCACCUCUAUGUUGCCCUGAGUGCUCAGCCCAUUUCCACUGGGCAGGUGGAGAGUGUGGUGACCUGGAUCGGCUACUUUUGCUUCACUUCCAACCCUUUCUUCUACGGAUGUCUCAACCGGCAGAUCCGGGGGGAGCUCAGCAAGCAGUUUGUCUGCUUCUUCAAGCCAGCUCCGGAGGAGGAGCUGAGGCUGCCUAGCCGGGAGGGCUCCAUUGAGGAGAACUUCCUGCAGUUCCUUCAGGGGACUGGCUGUCCCAACGAGUCCUGGGUUUCCCGACCCUUACCCAGCCCCAAGCAGGAGCCACCUGCUGUUGACUUUCGAAUCCCAGGCCAGAUAGCUGAGGAGACCUCUGAGUUCCUGGAGCAGCAACUCACCAGCGACAUCAUCAUGUCAGACAGCUACCUCCGUCCUGCCCCCUCACCCCGGCUGGAGUCAUGAUGGGCCGCUGGACACUUGGAGAGAGAUGGGGCUGGGGGCCGGUUAUGAUUGCAAGGACCACCUUGUGGGAUUACCUUUUCCCAGCUGGCUAGGGCUCGGGCUGGGGUCUCCACACACAGCUUUUGCUUAGUGUUGCCUCGGUCAGGAACGGAGCCAACAGGAUGAACGUGUGGCCAAAGCCUUGGACUUGGCUGUGAUCUUUGACUACUGGGGGAGGGAACCUGGGUAUGAUGAGACGGUGACGAGAGAAAAGGGUCACAAAGGACUGGCCUCCCUGAUCUCUCUCCUCAUGGCAGUGACCCACCUCCAGCCCCCUGGACAAUCGGGUACAAGAGACUAAGGUUGGGCAUGGGAAGGGUGGGGUUUCCAUGUUCCAUUAAAUGCCUCCCUACUCCC